AUGCGUCUGAGUGGGGACCUACGGCCUGAGGCACAAUGGCGAUGUCAGCGUGUAAACAGUAGGACUGCUCUCGCUGGGAAGAUAAACAUUUAUGUGAAGACCGGUGCUCAGGUGAAUGAGGCUGCAGCAGAAAUUCCGAUGCAAGCGGGAGAUGACUGUGACCAUGCAAAUCAGACAAAUGAGGAAGGAUGUGUGAAAGUGACAGUCUUCCUGAAGCCUAUUCAUAUGAUUAUGGGAAAAGUCAACUAUUCGUACCUUAUCAUCUUACACGGCCGAGAGUGA